AUUUUAAUGGACAUUUAUUAUAACUAGAUCUCGUAUUUAUAGAUUACAUACUGUAUUACCGACACACACACACACACACAUAUAUAUAUAUAUAUCGUCAGCGAGAUUGGAGCAUCGUUGUACCCAUAAUGGACAAGUAUUCAACAGUAGUAUUUUCUGGUUCAACUUCGUCAUCGAACGUGGUGAUGAACAGCUUUAAUGAAUUUAAAGUUACGAGAUCAACUGGAAAUGGGUUUUUGGGUCUGGAUCAUGAUCGUCAAGAUUUGAUGAUCAACAGUGUCUAUGGUGAUGAUCGGAUCAAGAUCCAUGGUGGGUCUGCAACUAAUUAUAACAGUUGUAGUACUGAAGGCAAAGCUGAAGGAAAGAAGAAGGAAGAAGAUAAGAAGAUGAAGAAGCAAAGAUAUGCGUUUCAGACAAGAAGUCGAGUUGAUAUUCUUGAUGAUGGAUACAGAUGGAGAAAAUACGGCCAAAAACCUGUCAAGAACAACAAAUACCCAAGAAGCUACUACCGGUGUACUCAUAAAGGUUGCAAUGUGAAAAAGCAAAUUCAGCGGCUGACUAAAGAUGAAGGAAUUGUGGUGACAACUUAUGAAGGCAUUCAUUCACAUCAAAUCCAGAACUCCACCGACAACUUUGAACAUAUCUUGACCCAAAUGCAAAUUUAUACUUCCUUUUCAUGAAACCCCUUUAAAUUAUUUCUCCUCAUUAUAUUUACCAAUAUAUAUAUACACACAUACAUAUACAUACAUAUACAUACAUACAGACACAGAGUAUUUACUCUGUAAAUUAGAUAUUAAAUCCUGAUAACCGAAGCAUGCAUACGCCACUAUCCAAACAUUGGAUAUGAUUUUAUUUCAUUUCAUUUCAUUUCAUUUUUUUAUAUAUGGUUUAUGUCAAGGUUUCAUCUUUUAUGCAUUCUGCAA